UAGUAGCCAAUGAUGUUGGAGAUACAGACCGCAAGACGUUAUCAUUGGUUUACCCCGUUGUGCGGCGGAUGAAAUCAGCGGCCAGCGGGUACAUUUCAAAUUAAUGGUCGCAUUAUCAUGUCAGUAGUCUCAGACAAGUCGGGUCUCUAAUGUUAUUUGAAGAGAAGGAGGAAGACAGAGAAGCCUAAAAUGUGGAGGUGACUGAAUCGGCGACUGAAUCGGCGACUGAACCUGAACCUGCUGCUGAAACAACCAGCAUAGACGACAACGACGACGACGAUGACGAUGAACACCCGUGGCCAUACCUGCGGGGAAUGUUUAGCUACAUCGGAGUGAAAGAUUCCUCCUACCGGAUGAAAUGUCUGCUGUGCCUUCCUAAAAACAGUGAGAUAUUGGCUUACAAAAACUCUCCAUCCAAUCUUAGGAAACACGUUGAGAGAAAACAUCCAAACCAACUUAAAAAAUAUGAAGAGCUGACAUCAGCUAAAAGAAAGAGGCCUGUAACUGAGACUCCCUCCACCAGCACCAACAGGCAGAUGACCACAUUUCUGACCACAACCUGUUCUGCUGUGUCCCAAAGGUCACUUGAUAAAGCUGUCUUGAAGUAUGUGGUCCAUGGACUCCAGCCCCUCUCUCUGGUUGAACAAGAACCAUUUAUAGAGUUUGUGAAGGAUCUGCUGCCUAAUGCCAGAGCAAAAAUUAUGACAAGAGUCACGCUGGGCUCCAGGAUGGACGAGGCCGCCAAGGAGAUGAAGACAGCGGUGACUGAGGCCAUGAGGGGAGUUGAGUAUAUCGCCACCACCACUGACUGCUGGUCUGUCCGAAGACGAAGCGUCAUUGGUGUUACUGCCCACUGGAUCGACGCAGACACUCUCAAAAGAUGCUCGGUAGCCCUAGCCUGCAAACAGCUGAGAGGCUCGCACACUUUCGAGUUGUUGGCAAAUGCCAAGUUUGGGAUUAGAGGAAAGAUCGUCAGAACAACAACAGACAACGGCUCUAAUUUUGUCAAAGCUUUCCAGGUUUUUGGUGAAGAUAACAGUGCAGUGGAAGCAGUUAGUGAUGGUGAUCGAUCUCAACCAAGAGAGGCUGAAGAGGAUGAAGAGGAGAGUGAAGAAGUGGUGUUUGUGGAUGUGUCAGGACUUCUGAGCGAAGAUGAUGGUUUGGAGUUCGAGCUGCCAAAGCACCAGCGCUGCGCUUGUCACCUAAUCAACCUCAUCGCUACAGUUGAUGCUGCAAAAGCAAUGUCCAACGAGCCAUACAAGAAAAUGCACCGUUCAACAUUUGGCAAGUGCAGUGCCCUCUGGAACAAAUCUUGCCGGUCGACACUUGCAGCUGAAACUGUUUGAGAUGUGUGCUCCCUCCAGCUGCUCAGCCCAAAUGUUACCAGGUGGAAUUCCUUCUUUCUGGCAGUGGAGAGACUACUAAGGAUCAUCAAAGACAAGGGAGAGGGGGCCAUCAGAGUAAUCUGCACAGAGUUCAAAGUUCCAAUGUUCAAUCCAGCCGAACUUGCAUUUCUUGCAGAGUAUAACGCUGUCAUGAGCCCAGUUGCCCAGGCCACCAACAUCUUGCAGGCAGAAGAAAAUGUCCAGAUGGGGUGGCUACUACCCACAAUCGACCUGUUUACUGCUAAACUUGACCGAGUCAAGUUGACGGUGAAAUACUGCAGGCCUUCGGUGGAUGCUCUACAGGCGGGAUUGAAGACUCGUUUUGGCCACAUGACACAAGACCCGGAGUUAAUUGCAGCCGUGAUUCUUCUCCCAAAAUUCAGAACUUCCUGGACGAAGGAUGAUGCCACCAUCAGAAUGGGAGGCGACUACAUCAGAGAACACCUUGAAGCACCUCCCCUGCAGUCUGAUGGUGGCAACCCAAGCUCUUCUGAUGAGGAAGACUUCUUUUCCUCACUGCAGUCACCUCACACAGACAGCUCCAAAGAACUGGAGGGAUAUUUGGCCUUCUCAUCAGAUAGAAUGGAAUCAGUGAAGUCCUUCCCAGCCUUGUGCAAGCUGUCUCUGAAGCUAAACACACCUUUACCUGCCUCAGCAGCAUGUGAAAGGCUGUUUAGCACUGCUGGUCUGGUCUUCAGCCCAAGAAGAGUGAGACUGAGUUCUCGCCAUUUUGAGAACCAACUUCUUUUGAGGUUGAACAAAAAGUUUCUCAGGGUUCAGUAAUGACUGGAUGGACAGUUCAAGUGCUGUCACACUGAAGUCAUGUUAAAGUUCAACCAAUCAAGUUUUUGUUUGUUUGCAUCACCUUCGCGCACCAAGAGUUCAUUAGGAAUUAUUUUAUAUUGAAUGCACGUGGGUAUGAAUGUUGGUAGGCAUGCAUGCAUGCGGGUCUGUAAGGAUAUGUUUGUGUAUUUUUGUAUAUGGUUGGGUUUAUGUAAGGAGGCGUUGAAGCUCCUUUAUUCUGAGUGUUUAAGUGUCUUGUGACACUUUGCAAAUUAAACAAAACUUAAAAACUAAAUUAAACAGGAAUAAAGAAAAUGUUACAACUCAAAUUUCUGAUUGCAUUCUAUUAACACCACUUUUUACUUUUGAUACUUAUGUACAGUAAAUACUAGCUACUUUUUUACUUUUACUCAAGUAAUAUUCUAGCAGGCAACUUUCACUUUUACUUGAGUAAUUUUCCAGUAAGGUACUUUUACUUUUACUCAAGUAUGGCUUUUGGGUACUUUAUACAACACUGCUCAUCGGAAGGUAGCUGACGGUAGCCUGCCCUGAUGCGUGUGGAUUGCGGGGGCCCGUUCAUCGCUACUUGCAGCUUAAAUUAUUCUCAUUAAAAGAAAAAAGGAAACUUUCAAUAAAUAUACCAUGAAUAAAUUAUUCUCAUUAGUUUUUAUCAGACCUAAAAUAUUUCAAAACAAAUAGGAAAAGUAACAGCUUAGUAUUUACUACUAUCUUCAUGUGGUGGUCAGACCGACUCAACUCCACACAGAAACAAUGCAUGACAUCACUUUGCUGUAGUGACACUAUUGGUUGAAUUUUGAGUGUGGACCCAAGCCCAAUUUUAUUUUAUUUUUUUUACGUCAGAGCACAAUUUUUAUUAGAACGCAGAUGCGUGCAUAACGUUACUCUGGCAAACCUGUGGAUAAAAUAUUUGUAGUGUGGAUAAAUGGGACUUAAAACAGUGUUUACAAUUUAAAAAAAAUAUUAUGUAGUAAACUGCUGAGAAACUUUAUUUCCACCUUUCCCUUCAGUACAAAAUCAUUAAAGGAAAUCUGUCAUUGUAUCAUUGAUGCAGACUCCCUGUCGGGGGGCCACAGGGGUUCCGGACUCAGAGUUACGGGGGCACUGGCCCCUGUUGGCCCCCCCUAAUAACCUUGAUACAUUUAUCCCAUUGAAAUGUAUUUAAGUGAAGUGUAUUUAAAUGAAUAUAUUUACUGGAAUUGAAACAAAUAUGCUGAAUAUGAUAUGUCAUAAUUUUUGUAUUAUAGUUUUGUUUGUUCUAUUCUGAACCUGAGGUGUGAUUUUUUAUUUAAAUAAAAACUUU